AUGCCCAGUCAGAUUAUCAAGACACUUCGAAUCUGGGACCCUACAAGGUCCACCAACGUCUCCAACAGCUUUGUCGUCACUGCGCGGAGUCCUUCUCUAUCCCUCGUCCGGCUGCCCAUCGACGUCCUUUUCCUAAUCUUUGAACACCUUCAAUGGCCCUACGAUCUUCAUGCUCUGACCCUUGUCUGCCGGGAACUUCGCACGCUCAGCACACCCCUCCUCUAUCGCACCGUCGUCUUUCCCUACGCUCGACCAAAUGCCAUGUAUGCGCUUUUGUGCAAGCUGGAGAUGUCGCCAGAUUACUGUGCGCUUAUCCAGACGCUCAUCUUUGACGACGUCGCCAAGCCACUCCGACCAGACAUUCCAGACGUGGGCGAGGACUUUGAGGGGUGCCGUAGUACAAGACUGGAGAAUCGAUUGCGAGAGCCGAUUGCAAGGAGGGACUGGCUCCUUGACCAGAUCCACCACAAACUCUACACUGUCCUCCCGCUGCUCAACAUCAAGUCGCUCUUUCUGAAGCGAUUACAUCCGGUUUUCCUUUCACCUCCCCUCUCGCAUCGACCUCCGAGCUUGACGGCGACAAAGAAAGUCAAAGACGCCAUCCUAAACCAUGUCCCCGUCCGACAGUGGCGCAACUACCAACAGCCGCCACCAAGCGAACGGCUUCCAGCGGCGAUUGGGAUGUUUUUCACCCAUUGCCGUGGACUGACCCAUCUGACCAUCUACGACCCGCUUUCCUUGGCGUCGUAUUGGCCACACUCUUUUGUUGGAAACCUGACGGUCCUCAUUUUGGCACUCAACCUCGACCAUGUCAUUGUCGAACUCGACUGUGGAGACCGGCGAGCGAUGCAGCUCAACAGUUUGCUUCGACGGGCAAAGAAUCUGCGCACGCUCGGCAUCCUCACCACAUGGCUCAACUUGACGGUGCUCCUCGAAGAUUGCUACUUUCCACAUCUUGAGAGCAUUGAAUGGUUCCACUACCGCGCGAAAAACCCCAAAGAUCCGCAGACAUUUUACGACUUCCUUCGUAUGCACUCUGCGACCCUGCGGCACAUUGCACUUGCGCCAGUAGCCUAUAUCCUCGGAAAUUGGGGAUACAUGAUCGAUGCUGAUGUUCCGCAUUGGCUCGCGGAACCACCGUACGAUUGUAUAUCCACCGACGGACAUAGGGAGGAGGGCUUCCUCCCGCACCUCGAGACUUUGCGAUUGCAUAAUUGGCUCGCGUGGUCGACUCCACAACCCGUAUACAGUAUCACGAGUGCGGACAAGAUCCACGCCGCACUUCUGAUCUCGAAUUUCAUCAUCGCCCGCCCGAGCAUCGUCGACGUCGCGUUGACGGAUUUUCCUUCGGAAAUAGGGAGAAUGCUUCUCGAGGGCAUGCAUGCGUCGCGCCAAGUUAAACGUGCGAUCGUUGGCAAAGAGGAGCGCUUGCUUCGGGACCGAGCAGUACCACUUUAUCCGCCCCUUUCUGCGCUCCAUCAUCCAGAUUGGGCAUCAGGAACAAGUGGAAGUGGGCUGUCGAAUCCGAGUGCGGCGCUGGUUGAACUCGGAUCGCAUGCGCUCUCGGUGCUCAAUCCUUCGACGUUGCUCAAUACGCUCGCUGGGGGAGCCGGCAGUACCCACGGAGGCGGCGAGACUUUGAGUGAGCGAGCACGUGUCAAGGCAUACUGGGCGUUUGCGCGCAAGCGCGAGUAUCUGAUGGAGGCAUAUCACUCGUAUUCGAUCAUGUUUGACGGUCUCGCGCUGGAGAACUCGGCGUUUCGACCGUACUUGCUGCCGCGCCGGAGGAAUGCAAAGCGUGACUAUCGACGCUGA